AUGUAUGCUGAUGAUGUCGCUACAUUUGAGAUGACGGCCCCUUCAACCAUUGGGUGGAUUGCUAUGGGAAUCGGUGAUUCUAUGGUUGGAAGUUAUAUAGUAAUGGCAUGGCCUACCACAACAAAUACUGUGGCAAUUUCUCAGCGCGUUGCCUAUAGAUAUGCCGUCCCGGAAGUAACUGAACAUCAAAGUGAUAUAACUUUACUACCCUCUAGUGGUGUUAAAGAUGGUGUAUUUACUGUGACCUUUACACGUCCACUUGUCGUUACCAAUUCAACUAUUAAUUCUGCUACCCAAAAUUUUGUCUGGGCUCUUCACACUACUUCACGUCCUUCUGAUGAUCCUUACACUACGACUAUUACUCGUCAUAAUGACAUAGGUCAUUUUACGAUAACUGGAUCUAUUUCAAAUUAUGAUAAAUAUAUAAUUGCUCAUGGUGUACCAUUGAUCAUAAUUGGCUUACUAAUGUCUAUUGCUGCCGGUGUUAAAUUUAACUCCAACAACACACAUCACGUUAUUGGUGUGAUUAUUUUUAUUUGCUUCUUCCUUCAAUUAGCCCUAGGUUGGAUUCAUCACCAUCUUUACGAUCCUUCCCGUAAAUUCAUUCCUUGGUGGACGAGGCUUCAUUGGUGGUUUGGAAGAAUAUUAGCUAUUGGGUCCUUUUAUCAGAUAUCUCUUGGUCUUGCUCUAUACCAUGUCGGAAGUCCGUUGGUUACUGCAUAUUACAUCUGGGUUGCCAUUGUCAUUAUAUUUUACCUCUCAAUAUCUUUUUACCUCUGGAGAAAGAGAGAAGCAGAAUUGCGUAUAUACAAAUCCUCAAAUACUUUAUAUACUGGAGUACGUAGAGAAGAUCUGGAACAAACUGAGG